AAGUCUUCUCCCCAAUUCCACCAACUGUUCAUUAAUCCAAGAUUUAGGGUAUUGCACAGGCUGCACGACCGCACUUAAGGCAAAUGUAUUAGAAAGGGUGUUAUGGUCAUUUUAACCUAUUGGGAACCGUUUCUUUUCUGGGGUUAAUUGUGGGAAUUGGGUCUAUUACCUCGAAAAAACUCCAAUCAUCCAGUUACUUAGGGGCAUUAAUUAAAAAUCAUCUUCCUCUUCUCAAGACUCAGUUCUCCAGAAUCCAAAGGAAGUUAAUUCAAGAAUCAAACUUAAUUCUUUCUUUUUGGGUUAUAAUCUUUCUAGUGUUUCAAGGUUUUGAGAUGUAUAUUCAUGAUUUCAUGCAGUACUAGAUCCAUUCAUAUCAACUGUUAGUGAGCCCUCCUUCAUUCAAAAAGGCAUUGUUUGUACUUUGGUGGACUAGUUCCAUGUUUUGAGGUUCAUAUACGUUGGAAAUAUGGUUCAACUUUAGCUUGAAAGUGCGGGUAUUACAAAAGUGGAUGGCAUAUUGAGUGGGUGGUGCGCCAGAUCCCAAACUCCUAUCGGCCAUGUUUGGUGCAUUGAGUAGCAUAGUGCGGCAGCUGCUACCCCGAUGAGAAGUUCAAUUUUUUCUUGUCUUUUUACGUCUCAAGAGGUUCCUCCUCGAAUUUGUCAUCAAGUGUAUGUGGAACUAAUCCAAGUCAAGUCAUCAAAGGGGUUCUAUAAAUUUCAAGCUAGGGUUCCCAAUUUCAAUUGUUAUUACCAAAUUCCUAUCUAAGGUCUAGUGAAAGUUGGAAACAACCAACUUAUGGGAAGAUCAGUCACUCAUAUGAGAUGAAAGUGAAUGUGACAUGCAAAAGUUUCAUGUGUUAAAACAAGUUCCUAUCUUCAUAUGCAUAAGGUGAUUUUAGGUAACUUCAUCACGUUAAGAGCAUCAUAAAUAUUUAGUCAUUAGGGCUUUUCUCUACAUUUUGAUAAGCAAAAGCAGCAAAUUUCAAUGGAGAGUGUCAAAGAAUCCGCUGAAUGCCACUCACUUCGGCUUUUCUUAUGGAACGAAAAGCUAACAAGGAAUCAGAUUAUACAGUCCGAAGGGUUAUGUGUGUUCAUAAUCGGAAGUAAAUUUAUGACAAUUGAUUCUAACUGCGGCUACACAAUUGAGGAGAAAAAGCGUUCUACUGUUAUCCCCUUCGAUCUGUUGAAACUACGAAACAGAGAAGCAUCAUUAGGUUCAUUGCUUGUUUCUUCUACUCUUCAGUUUCUGCCGGAAACUAUCAAAGAGUUGGCUGACGAUAUCUCUUAUCGCCUUUUUACUGAGUUUCAAGAUUCUCAAGCUUUAUUGCCACCACCACGGCCAACAUAUGUAAUUAUUGUUGAAAUUUCCGGGAUUCGUAUCAAUUUUACUGAUCAUGUUUCCCCUGAUUUCACAUGGUAUCCUCCCGAUAUCCCAUUGUAUCGUCGGUUUGAAAAGGAAGAGGAGGCUUCCAACAUACACAAUGUGAAUGAUUCAUGUGUUAAAUACAGUGAGGACACCCUCAAGUAUCUAGACAUAUUAAGGGAAUAUACAGGUGAAGGUGGGAUUUGUCCAACGGAACAACCUAUUGCUGUGGAUGUAGCCAAAGGAUUUGUCGAAGUCAAGAGAUGUAAAAGAUCUUGGUGUCCAAGUCCAGGCAAUAGACUCAAUGAUCUAACACAUGAAACUUGUCCAAUUUGUUAUGACAAGUUUAAAGACGAGAAUGAAGUGAUUACAACUUAUUGUUCGCACAUGUUUGAUAUAAGGUGUCUCCUGCCAUGGCUAUCCAGGAAUAACACUUGCCCAACUUGUCGAGCUGUCUAUCCGCUGCAUUAUUCUCCCUCUUUGGACCGUCAAUGUCAUAAGCGCAAACAUAACAUGAUGGAGGAUAAUGUUUGAAAUCUGUGCUCUUGAGAUCAGUACAAAUUUGUUAUUAGUUUUGGUAAUAUCAUAUUGUAGUGAAGUGAUUUAUCAUGUGUUGACUAAUGUUACUAUGAAAGCAAAGUAAUUAUUUAAUGUGGUAGAGAACAUUCAAUUGUGGGUUGUUCUGUUUCUUUCAAAUUUGCUAAGUGCAAUGAUAUAAUCAUUCUAAUUCC